GAAGUCCACAGACAGCCCAACCACAGCUUGACACCUCACCCGAUACCACAAUACCAAAACUACUAACGUCAUGUGGCGCUUUAGCAUUGGCCCAUCUGAUUUCCGGAAGCACCGAUCUAGUUUUGGGAUUCAUUUAAAACUGGCAGCAACGUGAAAAGGAGUUCAGGAAGACGAACUCCUACAUUUUUAUACAACUUAAAUAGCCUCAGUGCUCUUCUUCGAGGCUUGCAUUUCAUUAGUGACAGCCCAAAGAAAAAAAAAUUAAAUCAGAAAGCACGGCGGCCAUGGUUGAAGAUUUAUCAGAGCAGGGUAACGACUACGAAGAAGACGUGGGGACGUGCGGUGUUUCUUGUGGCUGCUUCAGGGGAAUGAUAUGUUCUUCGUGGCGGCGUUCAGGCGGAUAUGUGUUGUGUCAGAAGGAGGAAGCAGGAGGAGAAGUGGUGAAAGAGAAGUGGUGGGAGAAGAAGAUGAAGAAGGUGAAGGUAUUAUCAGAGUUAUUGGGAGGGCCAAAGUGGAAGAACAUUCUGCGACACAGGUUCAGAGUCAGAACGAGCCAAAAGAUGAAGAGAAUGCAGUUUCAGUAUGAUCCAAAGAGUUAUGCACUCAACUUUGAUGAGGCUUGUUGAUUUUUCAGCUCGCUUCGCCGGUCCUGUCGACACUCCAGAAUGAUAUGGCGUCGUUGGUGGCCGGGUUCAGGUCUAUGUUUCUCUUGUAAUUAAUUUUCCUUAUUUCGAGAGAUCAAACAUUAAUUUUCAUGUAACUUUUUGUCCCCAGAAAUAUUUGCAUAUAACUUCAAUUAUUUUAUGUAUCAUGCUAUCAUUGAGAUUUAAUUUAAUUAUCUCUCCCUUUUUUUUCCAA